UACAAGCUUCAUGGGGUCCGUUUUGCUCUCAUUUUCCUAUCCAUCCAUCGGGAAUUCGCUAUAAAGAAACCUACUACUCUUUUUUUAUUCCAAUCCCGCAUUUUGUACCGUGGAUUAGAGCAGUUUUGCCACGCUCACAGCGCUCGCUCAUCGCCCUCGCCCUCGCCCUCUUAUCCGAACCAAUCCUUCUUCCUCUAAACCCUAAAACCCCUCUGACCCUCCGCCGUUUUCUUGUAUUUCAAAGAGGGUAAAUGGCUUCCGCUUUCACAUCCAUGUCUUCAAUCGGUACCCUUGCUGCGCCUAGCAGCCGUGUAAUGGAUAAAAAGCUUAUGGCAUCUUCUGAUAAGUUGACUUCUCGCACUGCCAUUUCUUUAUUUACUCUCCCAAGAAGACAAAGCGUAGUUCUAAGAAGAACCCGUUCGUCAAAGAUCUCUGCAAUGGCAAAGGAGCUGCACUUCAACCAGGAUGGCUCGGCUAUUAAGAAAUUACAGACCGGCGUGAACAAACUUGCUGACUUGGUGGGAGUUACACUUGGUCCAAAAGGAAGAAAUGUGGUUCUGGAAAGCAAGUAUGGCUCCCCAAAAAUUGUUAAUGAUGGUGUAACUGUUGCAAAAGAGGUUGAAUUGGAGGAUCCAGUUGAGAACAUUGGUGCUAAGCUAGUCAGACAAGCUGCUGCAAAGACCAACGAUUUAGCUGGUGAUGGAACUACCACUUCAGUUGUUUUGGCUCAGGGUCUUAUUGCUGAAGGUGUCAAGGUUGUAGCAGCUGGAGCUAACCCUGUUCUUAUCACUAGGGGCAUUGAAAAAACAGCCAAAUCCUUGGUCUCCGAGCUGAAACAAAUGUCGAAAGAGGUUGAAGACAGCGAGCUGGCUGAUGUUGCUGCAGUUAGUGCUGGAAAUAACUAUGAAGUGGGUAACAUGAUAGCUGAAGCCAUGAGCAAGGUUGGACGAAAGGGUGUGGUGACUCUCGAAGAGGGAAGAAGUGCCGAUAACAGUCUCUAUGUCGUGGAAGGAAUGCAGUUCGACAGGGGUUAUAUCUCUCCCUAUUUUGUUACCGACAGCGAGAAAAUGGCUGUGGAAUACGAGAACUGCAAGCUGCUUCUUGUUGACAAGAAGAUCACUAAUGCUAGGGAUCUCAUUAACAUCCUUGAGGAGGCUAUUAGAGGUGGCUACCCUGUUGUGAUAAUGGCAGAGGAUAUUGAACAAGAAGCACUGGCUACUCUAGUUGUAAAUAAACUGAGAGGUUCUUUGAAGAUCGCUGCACUUAAAGCUCCCGGAUUUGGUGAGCGCAAGAGCCAGUACCUCGACGACAUUGCCAUUCUUACUGGAGGCACGGUUAUCAGAGAGGAGGUAGGGCUUUCCUUGGACAAAGUUGGAAAGGAGGUACUUGGAACUGCAUCCAAGGUAGUGCUUACCAAAGACACCACAACAAUUGUUGGUGAUGGUAGCACUCAAGAUGCAGUUUCUAAGCGUGUUGCACAGAUCAAAACUCUGAUUGAGGCUGCAGAACAAGACUAUGAGAAAGAAAAACUUAACGAGAGAAUUGCUAAGCUUUCUGGUGGUGUAGCGGUCAUACAGGUCGGAGCACAAACCGAGACAGAACUCAAAGAAAAGAAACUGAGGGUCGAAGACGCUCUCAAUGCCACGAAGGCAGCUGUUGAGGAAGGUAUUGUUGUUGGGGGUGGUUGCACCCUCCUUAGACUUGCAUCAAAGGUGGAUGCUAUCAAGGAGUCCUUCGAAAACGAGGAAGAGAAGGUUGGUGCAGACAUUGUUAAGAGAGCAUUAAGCUAUCCGCUCAAGCUGAUCGCGAAGAACGCUGGUGUGAACGGUAGCGUUGUUAGCGAGAAGGUGUUAUCCAGUGACAAUUACAGAUAUGGAUACAAUGCUGCAACUGGGCAGUAUGAAGACUUGAUGGCCGCUGGAAUUAUCGAUCCAACUAAGGUGGUUAGAUGCUGCUUAGAGCAUGCAGCUUCAGUGGCAAAGACAUUCUUAAUGUCGGAUUGUGUGGUGGUGGAGAUCAAGGAGCCUGAACCAGUUGCUGCUGGGAAUCCCAUGGACAAUUCAGGCUAUGGGUAUUGAUGAAAUUAGUAGUAGUUGAGAGGAAGAGAGUAAUAAUUGAUGAGAGGUAGAUGAGAAAUAGAAGCUUAUGAUGGUGAAUGGCCAAACAAAGGCCAUUUUUUCUUCUUUAUUUUUGUAGAUUCAUAGAAACAUAUUUCUUCUUCAGUGGAGUGGAUUUUCAUGUACGAGGUUCGAUAUCUUGCAUCUUCAACCUUGUAUGAAGUCGAAAUCGCUAGUAAUUGUAUCGUUCAUUGCAAUUCUAUCUUUUGCUCCGCAAUAACAAGUGGAAAGUGACCUGAUCA